GUUUCGUUUAAUCCGUUCUCGAUAAAUUACGAGAAUCGAAGAUGAGUGUCGCGUUGCGGUCUAUUUUGAGGCGCACGUGGUCUUCGAGGUCGGCGAGCGAGGCCUUGGCGUCCGGUGCUGGACAUCACUGAAGAAUCAGAAUAAAAGUCAUGGAGGGAAUAAAAAAUAUAAACAAGUUUAUUAUUAGAGUGCUCGUUGAGGCCGGGUCGCACGGUCGCGAUUUGUCCGAUGCCUGUGAUCUACAGAAAUACCCGCGCAUUAAACGCCCGCCUGGUGCGACGUACAAAGGCCGAGCGCGACACCGCGCUGUGCUCCUCAGCAACCUUGCGACCACCACCGGCACCAGUUGUGCCGCCUGCUUGCUCUGCCGAGCGCCCUCGCUCCGCGCCGCGCCCGCUCUCUCGCACCACUCGCCUCAGCGACCACCCAUAGGGAAUGGCUACUACUUCGAGAAGCAGAAGAAAAUCGGACGCGACAUAGAUUGUGAAUUAGUGUGUAUGUCUGAUAACAGUGCGGUGUUUGCUCCACAGCAGGAAGAUGAGAAAAAGAAUAAGAAGAAACAGUCGCCGGUGGACGACCGGCCCGUAGUCCCGGCACCCAGCGAGGCUAUGCUCAACAAUCUGCGCACAGCAUUCGGUCUGCUGGACCGAGACAGUGAUGGCCACGUGACGCCAGCCGAACUGCAGUUCAUGCUGAGGAAUCUCGGCAUCACCGUCAGCGACGACCUCAUCGCUGAACUCAUCAAGGACGCCAGUAAAACUGGUAAUGGUCUGAUAGACGAGAAUGACUUCAUGCAGUGGGUGACGAAGAUACAGGCGUUACAAGGGCUGGACGUCACGACGAGCGGCGGCGACUCUGAAGAGGAGAUCACACGAGAUCUACUCGCAGCAUUUAAGGUGUUCGACCGCGAUGACAACGGGUAUAUAACGCGGGACGAGCUCCGGGCAGCGUUGGAGAUGAUCGGCGAACCAGUUACAGACGCGCAGCUGAAUCAAGUCCUGGCGCUCGGAGACAUCGAUCAUGAUGGCAGGAUUGAUUAUGAAGAAUUUGUGAAAAUGCUGUUGUAACCUGUACCUCGCUGAACAAGACCUCACUAGUUAUAAUGUAGUGUAAAGACGGACGGUUGGCGUCGAGUGGUACUGAUCUGAUUGCGAGAGGGGGGUGCGGCAACGAUACCCCAUUCACAGAAGUCACAGAUCAUAUAAAAGUACUUAAUAGUCGGAAAAUGUUGAAUUGUUGUACAUAGGAAU